UCUAGUCUCUAUUUAAUCAUCACUUCACCUCUUCCGGUGUCACUUCUACUCUUUUACUCGCAAGCAAUCGCUCAUUUCGUCUCUCUCUCAAAAAAUUUCCUCUCUCUCUCGCUGAAUCGGAGACUUCGUCGAUCUCUCUCCAUUGUUUUUUUUACUAGAUCAUCACUUUCACCUCUUUUACUCGCACGCAGUUGUUCUUUUAGUCUAUCUUUCUCAAUCUUUUGUGCACGCGCGUUUUCAAGCUGGAAAUCAUGAACCUGGAUCAGUUCAAGGAUUUUUUCACUUGGCUGGGACAUCCGAGCCUGGAUCCCGAAGAUAUUGAUCAACAAAAUUGUGUCUGCUGUUGGUCGAAGGUUGCAGUUGCGCUUGCUAGUCACGCGCUGUGGACUGCCUGUCAAAAGAUGAACAAACCUCGCUCAUUUGAGGAAUGCAAAGCCUCCGCACAGGAGCUCGUCGAUAUGUUUGCGGUUAAAUAUCCAGACAGAACUGGUCCCGUAUAUAAAAAUGGUUGUUAUCUUGCUCACCCUCGAAGGGCCCUUGAAUAUAUCCAAAACUAUGGAAUUACUUUGAACUCGCAUUAUCCAUACGUGGGGAAAAGACAGUUCAACACAGAACCACCUGCUUUCCCCAGAUUCAAAAUUAAGGAGGUGAUAAGACUGGUUGAACCUUCCAUGGACGAAAUAGAUAGUCUCAUACGCCGAUGCCCAAUCGCUGGCAAGGUUAAAAUAUCUGAGAACUUUGCCAACUGGAAAGGCAAGGGAAUUUUUUCUGAAGAAGUUAGUGGUGAGGAUUUAAAGUCACACAGCGUACUAAUUAUCGGCAAGGGUGUGGACUCCCUCAAUCGACAGUUUUACCAUAUUAAAAAUUCGUGGGGAAAGUCAUGGGGGGACGACGGAUAUGCUUACAUCCUAUGCAAGCUAGUCACACCAUUAUGCUAUGCAGAAGGAGCCUAUUUCCUCGACGAAGAAUGUGCAGUUGCUUCUACUAGCGGGGGAGUUACUCCAGAUCGCAGUGCAGUUGCUUCUACUAGCGGGGGAGUUACUCCAGAUCGCAGUGCAGUUGCUUCUACUAGCGGGGGAGUUACUCCAGAUCGAUAAGCCUUUGCUUUUAUAUUUGUUUUCAU